CCCUUUCUUUCGACAAGCACAAACAAAGCCAUCAAGAGAAGAGAGCCUUUUCUUGGAUUCAUAUACACAAGAAUAUUUUUCAAAUCAAAAUGUCGUCUAGCAGAAGGUCGAGACAAGCAAGCUCAUCAUCAAGAAUUAGCGAUGACCAGAUCACUGAUCUCAUCUCAAAGCUCCGACAGUCCAUUCCGGAGAUUCGCCAGAACCGUCGUUCCAACACGGUAUCAGCGUCGAAAGUGUUACAAGAGACUUGCAACUACAUAAGAAACUUGAACAAGGAAGCCGAUGACCUCAGUGAUCGAUUGACUCAGCUUCUGGAAUCCAUUGAUCCUAAUAGCCCACAAGCCGCCGUUAUUAGGAGCUUGAUUAAUGGAUAAUAUUAUAAAUUAAUUAGUUGUGC